CGGCAUACGGUUACACCGCGUCUUCUUAAAACCCCAAAAGGUUAUUCUCAUCGUCCCCUCUCACACACAGACACUAUCUUUAAUCAGACCGUCACUUUUAUCUCUCACUCAACUGUUUAGACCUCUGUAAAAAUUUCCGGAAUCUUUCUCUCAGUCACCGUCCCUACCCUCGCCUAUCCCCACCAACGGCUGAUCUACAGAAUUCCUUGCUUUCCUCGACGCCUAUGUACAAUCCCCUGUAAAACCUUCAAAUAUCACUCCUCCCCAUUCCCCUGUUCAAACAAAUUGCAAACCCGAACCUUCCCUUUCCAAGCAUUGCAGUUUUCUUCGGAUUUGAGCUUCUGGGUACUUCUCCCCGUCCUUGAUGGUUGAAACCUUAGCAUUCCAAUUUUAAAGUCCGGUUUUUGUUUGUAGGGGAUUUGAGAUUGGGGUUUGUUAGGUUUAGAGGGAGUUGAAUUGGCGUUAGAAAGGGGGGAAUGGAGAAGUACGAGCUUGUAAAGGAUAUAGGGUCCGGUAAUUUUGGCGUGGCCAGGCUUAUGAGGGACAAGGAGACGAAAGAGCUUGUGGCCAUGAAGUAUAUCGAAAGAGGACAUAAGAUUGAUGAGAAUGUGGCGCGGGAGAUCAUAAACCACAGAUCUCUUCGACACCCAAACAUUAUUCGAUUCAAAGAGGUGGUACUCACGCCCACUCAUCUUGCCAUUGUCAUGGAAUAUGCAGCAGGUGGAGAGCUCUUUGAGCGCAUCUGCAGCGCAGGAAGAUUCAGUGAGGAUGAGGCUAGGUACUUCUUCCAGCAGCUUAUUUCUGGAGUCAGCUACUGUCACUCUAUGCAAAUCUGUCAUAGAGAUCUAAAGCUGGAGAAUACACUCUUGGAUGGAAGCCCAGCUCCACGCCUAAAGAUUUGUGAUUUUGGUUAUUCGAAGUCAUCUCUGUUGCACUCAAGACCAAAAUCAACUGUUGGUACUCCGGCAUAUAUUGCUCCAGAGGUCCUAUCCAGAAGAGAGUAUGAUGGAAAGAUGGCGGAUGUAUGGUCUUGCGGAGUGACACUUUAUGUGAUGCUGGUUGGUGCAUACCCUUUUGAAGACCAGCAGGAUCCCAAGAACUUUAGGAAAACUAUUCAACGUAUACUGUCUGUGCAGUACAAGAUUCCUGACUAUGUCCACAUUUCACAAGAUUGUAGGAAUCUUCUCUCUCGCAUUUUCGUUGCCCAUCCCAUAAGGAGGAUAACUAUUAAAGAUAUAAAGUCCCACCCCUGGUUUUUGAAAAAUCUACCGAGGGAAUUAACUGAAGUGGCACAAGCAGCCUAUUACAGGACAGAAAAUCCAACAUUUUCCCUCCAAACUGUGGAGGAGAUCAUGAAAAUUGUGGGUGAAGCGAAGACCGCUCCCCGAGUUUCCCGCUCCCUUGGUGGUUUUGGCUGGGAAGGGGAAGAAGAAGAGAAGAAUGAAGGCGAAGAAGAAGACGAUGAUGAUGAUGACGACGAUGAUGAUGAUGAAGAUGAUGAUGAAUAUGAAAAGCAAGUGAAGCGAGCACAUGAAAGUGGAGAGGUUCACUUGAGUGACUUGACUUAAGGCCCCCUGCCAUCUGCUAUUUGCUGACUGUACAAUUAUUAGCUAAUUUUCGGUUGUGGAAUUAAAUAAGUCUGUAAAUUUCUUCUUUGGUUACAAGUUUAAGUAACCAAGAUCUAUGUAGUAGUAUUGGUGUUCCAGUUACCAGACACCCUCUAUGUCCUGAUGGAGAAGGGGAUUAAUAUCUUCCCUAGUAUGCAGUGCUAAAUAUUUCAAUGUUAAAAAAUGUAAGAAUCGUUUUUACCCUAGUUUGGUUGGUUAUAUAAAACAUUGUUUAUG